GGGGCGUGGUGUAUCAUGGGAAAAAGUUUGUAAAUCACUUCUAACCUCCGCUGCUGCAAACUCGUGAUUGGAAGAAGAGACCAGCUGGCCUGGAAAGAGACAGUUAACCUGUAAAAUUAAACAUAAUAGCUCCAGUUUGCAUUUGUUUUUUCCGAUUUGCUGGCUAGUGAUGUCUGGAGAGAGGCUACCCAACUGCUUCAGCUCGACCCCUCUCAAAGACUUCCAUCCAUCAAAGGACUUUGGCGACGGAAUCCUAUCCGACGAAGAAGACACUUUUUCUCUGCUUUCUCCAAUCUAUCAUGACAGCUUCGACAGUGACGAAGAAGAACUGAGAUCCACCCCAGAUCAGCAGACCACUUCCCCCAGAGAGAGGGAUGACUCCAGGCUCAGUAUUUCACCAUUCAGAUGUGAGCUACCAAAAGCGAUUUCGGAGCAGCCUGCAGCUUCACCUACCCUCAGUGCGUGGGAAAUGUGGUUGGUGAAUAAAGCAAAAGAGGAGCGUCUUAAGCAGGAAAAGAAAGUAGAAAAGGAGCACUUACUAAAAGAAAGAAAAGAAAAACAAGAACGGGAGCAGGAACAGAAAAAGCUCAUCAUGGAAAACAAGAUCCAAGAAUGGCUAAAACUUAAAACAGAACAGGAGAGACAUGAGCAACUUCUUAAACAAAGAAAGGAGGAGGAGGAGAUGCAGAGGCAGCAGGAGAGACGGCGGGAGACUGAACAGAAAGCUCAACAAAAGUACAAAGACUGGCUGCAAAGAAAGAACCAAGAAAAAAUAGAAAAGGAAAAGAAGGAGAAAGAGGAAGCCUCCCUGAAGGAGGAGCAGGAGAUGGAGCGGCGUAGGAGGGCUGAAGAGAAGUUUAAGGAAUGGCUGGCAAAGGCGAAUGAAAAAAGCAAAGCUAGUCCCAAAAAGCCCAGCUAUCCAUCAAGUCCGUAUGACAAAUCCUACCCAUCGCCCAGUUUUGUCAAUCCAAUCCCCUGGAAGCCAAUCCAUGUCCCUCCUCCAGAACCAUCCUCCCUCGAGACAUCAAGCAAGAAACCUCUGAAACAGAGAAAAAGUCAACAGAGCCUCAGCAACACAUUUAGGCUGAGAAAGACUCAGAGUCCAGCACAUUUGCAGCAGAAGAGAUGACACAGCAGGUUGACGUGUAUGACUGUGAUGCGGCAGCUUAGUUACGGGCUUAACUGUGAUUUCUGCACCACCACAGCUUCUGGGCCAAGACUCUGCUGAGUCACACAAGGAUUUUUGUUCUCUUAAGAUGGUUGUGGUGAAGACGUAUUUGGUUUAUGUUUUUUUUUUUUUUUUUUUUUUAAAUCAAUGGAAUUAUUCAAAUUUUGAUAUGAUGUUCGUGUGACUAGAUAUUUAAAAGUCCAGAAUACAAUUUUCUGUAGAUGUACUGCAAUACAUUUUUUUUAUUUGGAUAAAUGUGGCACAGUCAAAGAUCUGUUUCGGUCUCAUUCAUUCUGUGGUCAACAAAACCACGUUUCAUUGCACUGAACAAAUAAGGCACCACCCGCAUGACAGAAAGAAGGUGGCUGGUGGUCACAGCCAAAGAUAGACCCAGCUUGGUCAAGUGCCCCUCACACUUCACACAUUGUUCUGUGUCCAGCUGUGCCUUGUUCUUCUGUGGGCUGAGAUGACGACAGAAUGUAGUGAGGGGGUGGAAAGAGAGAGAGAGAGAUUCAGAGCAGUAUGCUCAGUCUGUGUUAGCAUUUCACUGUGAUGCCAAUGUGUGAAGCCUGAGGUGUUCUUCUGGAUUGACAUCUGUUGACUGUGAAGGCCAUUUGAAUAUAGUGAAUUCACCGUCAUGUUCAAGAAUCCAGUUUGAAAUG